CUCCUGAGCAUAUUUAAGAUAUGGCGGAGUCAGAAAUUACUCCAGCAAAAGCUGUACUUCUGGCAGUCCAGCUGGCUAGCAAGGGCCAAAUUUCAGCUCUUCAAAAUCUUAUUUCCCUUCAUCGCAAGACCUUACAUACAGAAUUGGUUCUGAGGAUACUUCUCAGCUAUUUGCCAGAAACUCUUGAUGCGUCCGAAUAUGGUCCCUUUCUUGGGAGACUUGAAGCUGGAAACUGGGCGGAAGAAUCAGAUGCACCACUCAAUUCCUCUUCCUUGGAUGAGAUCAGUGAAGAAGAUGCGAAGAAGAAAGUUAGGAAAUUACGCCUUCUACCUUUGCUUUGGCCAAAUGCACCAGAAGAUGCAUCGACAGACCCUCUCGUCCUCUUUCUGAUCCAUCGAUCAUUACGGAUAGACCAGAGUACUGGCCUGAUUACACAACUACCUGAGCUCCUUGUCCCUUACCUCCCUCGUUCAGAUUACUUGCGAACUUGGAUGAUAUCUACGAUCCUCCCAUUAAUGCGGCUUAACUACGAAUAUCACCCCGAAGAAGGCACAGUUUUGACCAUACCAAAGUUCGAAAGUCUGGACGACCAUGCAGGGGUGGCGUUAUUGUUGUCAAAAACUGGCAGAGACCGGGUCAGCCACGCUGGGGUCGAUCACACAGUUGGACGAGAUCUAAAGGGCUUGGUCGGCCCAUGGAUGUAUGGAGAUUCAAGGACAAAGCGAAGGAAGCUACGGAAGAAUUCAUCGCUGAGUUUACGGGCGGUUGAGCCUUUGGAGGAACCAACAGCAGCGGAUCACAAAUACAUGGGCUGGGAAGAGGUAUUUAAAUGGAUGGUCGGUCAAGCCAGUACUACGUGGAGGGUGGCUGUCGAAGGCGUUGAGCAGUGGGAUGGACCAGGCGAUGUUGAUUUAGGAGGUUACGAAGAUGGAACAAUGUGGCUGGACGAAGGCGAUCAAGAGCAUCUGGAGGCAAGAUUCGCUCGAACAGUGCUUGCCACGGCGUAUAUUAUUUCUGAAGAAUCAAAGGAAGCUCUGGAUGGCGUCCAACGUAUUCUCAUGCGAAUUAUCGAGCUUUUGGAUCAAGACAGGAUACCGACAUUGCAAGCAGCAUGUGCACUGCUUACCCCGGUGCCGGACCUUGAAGGAAGCGGUUUACUGCCAGCCAAAAGUGCUGCAUACCUGAGGAAUGACCUCUUGGAUGACCACAAUCCCUUGACCUCCCCGAAAGAAGAGUCGAUCAAAUUGCUUCAUGCAUUGUUGGUCAGCGCAUUUCUGUGUACUAGAGCAAAUUGUCCGAUGAACAUCAGACGGGCGGGCGAAUUGGCUCUCAUCCAGGAUGAACACGAACAAAAGCUUGCUUUCACCAAGUUGAUGCAUCAAUUGGCCAAUGGGCCAAAAGGAGACGAUAAAUACUGGAUUAAAACCAGGAAUGAGAUUUUGUGGUUGCGAGGGUGGGGUGCAGAGGAGCUCACGGAAAGUACCGACAGCAUCAAGGGAAGCGGCAUCUUUGGGCAACUUAGCAAAGAGUUCAUUGAGGUCGAAGUGCUCAAGUCGCUCUUGACUAAUACUCGCUAUACUCUUGCACGAUCCAUUUAUGAGGUUGCAAUGGACCCACCAUUACCCAAGGAAGUGCUUCAUGAUGCUAUAGUCUCUGCCGCUAAGAACGCAUACGACAACGCGACCAACGCAAAUAAAACACGUGGUGGACUGAAGAAAUGCGACGAAAUACUGCAAACAUUCCCAGGCACACUGAAAGGCUCGACUGAGUAUGAAGAGAUGGAACACUUGGUCCGGGUCACCCACGAGGUUGGACAAUACAGACUGGUCUUCAAGCAAGGAGAACCAUUUAGGCCAGUAAAUCUCCGUGUACACAGCGAUCCAAUUUCCAUCAUUGGCAAGAUUCUCGACCAGAAUCCCAAAAGCUAUACCCAAAUCCGAGACUUUCUUGACAUGGGAAGGAGCAUGGUGUUGGCUGGCUUGACAAAAAAGAGAGCAGAAAGCAGGCAACCUACAAUACCACAAGAGGAACAGAAGGCAAUUGCUGAAAAGCGUAUUGUCAGUAUGUGUAUCGACGCCGCUCUUGCUGAAGAUGACUUUGAGACAGCAUAUUCUUACGUGGUAACUCGACUCAAGGAUAUUGGUGGUCCAGCACAUGCACGGUGUCCCGACUUAGAGCGAAAAAAGUCGGGUCUUUUCGCAGAGGCACCACCAAAAGUGCUUGAUGAUUGGUCUUGGCGAGCGUCACUUCAAGCUGGGAAGUAUGAACGGACAAACAACACUGUCAAGCCUACCCACCUAGGUAAUACAAGCGGAAACGUUGAAAUCCGUCACCUCGAGCAGCGUAUGGAUUGUCUAUCGCAGGCAUUACGACUGGCUCCAAAGGCGACCUUACAGGAGAUUCUCAAUGUGUACCGCCGUUGUGAGGAGAAGUUAGAGCAGUUUGUGAAGGAAGAGGCCAAGAUAGAAGCCGCUUGGGACGAGCAAGGAGACGACAACUUGAUGCCUGGUGGAUUUGCAGCAACGCCAAUGAAAAACAACACGACUGCUGGCACAUCUCGCGCUGUGGAAGAAGCACCAAUGUCCCUGUUCGACUUGUCUCGUGCGUCUAUGGCUCGAGCUCAAAGUGGAUUCUCGGCUCUCUCGAUGGUUAGGGGUAGUAAUAGCUCAAGACAAGAGAAGCCGAGACCAGAUUCAAGAGGAAGUGCCGAGCUGUCAAGAGUAUCUACCCCAGAUUCUGCAGGUCUCAAGGCCCCUAUGCGGAAGAGAGAUCAGUUGAAGAACGUUGCGGUUGGUGGCCUUGCUAGUGGAGUCGGUUGGCUUCUUGGCGCACCUCCUGUGAAUCACAAUGAAGAAGAGAGUAGAGAUUAAAUUUGAGUUUGCCAGGCUAGGGAGCCAUUGACCAUAUAUCUGGCGUUGAGCGGGAGUUUUGGGGAUACUUGGUUGGAGCAUAGCAGCAUACCAGGCGGCGUCCUGGGUUUAUGAUACCAACAGUACCAUGAGUGCUUGUAAGAUUACAAUACAGUUUACCACAUUUGUCUCCCAUAGAAAUAAUUCAUGCCCUUUUGAUUGAUUGAGAACAUGUAGAAUAUCAACGCCUAUUACCUACGGCGGUUUUUUUACACGCUUCUAAAACAUUCUCCAUCGUCAAACCUCCCAACUUACUUCUUCGCAGCGUCAGCCUUCAUUCCCUGCUGGAUCCACGCCCUAGACUCCUCAGCCUUUUUCUUCAUCAACUCUGGAUUGUUUUUCAAGUCAUUUGUCGUAUCUGGGCCUGGAACCUGCCUUCCUUUCUCAAAGCCGGGUCUGGCAAGCAACUUCGCCUCCCAUUUCUUCAGUGCUGGAAACUCAUCAAUCUCAACACCAGACCAGAAAGCAGAGCGGAUCCAUCCCCAAUGGGCAAUAUCAGCAAUAGUCAAUCUAUCACCGACAAGAAAUCCGGACUUGGACUUGGCGAGAUGUGUAUCUAGAACGCCGUACAAGCGCCUGGUUUCGUUAAUGUACCGCGUUGCCCCGUACUCGAUGAACUCUGGUGCGUAGCGGUUAAAGUGGUUGGCUUGUCCUUGCAUUGGACCUACACCGGCGUUCAGGAAGAAGAGCCAGCUGUUGACUUCAUAGUACUCUCUUGAUCCUUUGGGGUACGAGAUCUUGUGGUCUUUGUCGUACUCGUCAACGAGGUAUUGCUGGAUGCUGCCGGAUUCGAAGAGGUUGAUUGUCUUGCCGUCGCUGAACGUGUCGGUGAUUGCGGGGAUGCGGCCAUUGGGAUUGAUCUCUAGGAACCAGGGCUCUUUCUAUUUUGGGUGUUAAUACUCUACUUGUAGUUCCUUAAAAAAAGGUUUGGGGAUAAAUAGAGAUUACUGGUACUGGUAACUAUUGCAAGACAUGGAUAUCGAGAAAUUUGUGCAAUACAUAUCGACAAUAUGAGAAGCAGGCUUGGAUAGCAUACUGACCUGAGUAUUCUUUGAGAUAUCAAUUUUUGUGAACUCAUAAGGAAGACCGAGCUCCUCUAGGGUGAUUGAAAUCUUAAUACCAUUAGGAGUUUGGGUAGUGUACAGGUGAAUGUUAGGACGGGAAGCCAUGGUGAUCUGAUUUGACACUUGUGAGAUGCGACUGGACAUAGGGAAAAUGUCUUGACAGAACCGAACCGGAUGCUCUCUUUAUAUGCUUGGUAACGACUGUGUUGUUGCAGCUUACAGGAAGUGAUGUAUCUACCCCACCUGUCCCACCAGAGAUGGUGUCAUUUCGCUGCCUCGGGGUUGUGGAAUAGCACGAAUAAGAGCGGGCAGAUUGAUGCACGAAAUUGCCGAUGCUUGGUAAGCCAGCAUUUUU